GCUUUGCCGCGCUUGGUGCACUUGGGCAAGAGCAGGAACGUGGAACGGAGCUCCGAUCCCAGCGCAGCCACCGCGAUGAGAGGCGCUCGCGGCGCCUGGGAUUUUCUCUGCGUCCUGCUUCUCCUGUUCCGCGUCCAGACAGGCUCUUCUCAACCAUCUGUGAGUCCAGGGGAACUGUCUCCACCAUCCAUCCAUCCAGCAAAAUCAGAGUUAAUCGUCAGUGUUGGUGACGAGAUUAGGCUGUUAUGCACCGAUCCAGGAUUUGUCAAAUGGACUUUUGAGACCUUGGGUCAACUGAGUGAGAAUACACGCAAAGAAUGGGUCACAGAGAAAGCAGAGGCCACAAACACAGGCAAUUACACAUGCACCAAUGAAGGCGGCUUAAGCAGUUCCAUUUAUGUGUUUGUUAGAGAUCCUGCACAGCUUUUCCUCAUUGACCUUCCCUUGUAUGGGAAAGAAGAGAACGAUACGCUGGUCCGCUGUCCUCUGACAGACCCAGAGGUGACCAAUUACGUCCUCACGGGGUGCGAGGGGAAGCCUCUUCCCAAGGACUUGACGUUUGUCGCCGAUCCCAAGGCCGGCAUCACCAUCAGAAACGUGAAGCGCGAGUAUCACCGGCUGUGCAUGCACUGCUCCGCGGACAGGAAUGGCAAGUCAGUGCUGUCGAAGAAGUUCACCCUGAAAGUGAGGGCAGCCAUCAGAGCUGUGCCCGUUGUGUCUGUGUCCAAAACAAGCUAUCUUCUUAGGGAAGGGGAAGAGUUUACAGUGAUGUGCUUGAUAAAAGAUGUAUCUAGUUCUGUGGACUCGAUGUGGAUAAGGGAAAACAGCCGGCAGACUAAAGCACAGGUAAAGAGUAAUAGCUGGCAUCAGGGUGACUUCAACUUUCUACGUCAGGAAAGGCUGACCAUCAGCUCAGCAAGAGUUAACGAUUCUGGAGUGUUCAUGUGUUACGCCAAUAAUACUUUUGGAUCAGCAAAUGUCACAACAACCUUGGAAGUAGUAGAUAAAGGAUUCAUUAAUGUCUUCCCUGUGAUGAAUACUACGGUAUUUGUAAAUGAUGGAGAGAAUGUAGAUCUGAUUGUUGAAUACGAAGCGUACCCCAAGCCUGAACACCAGCAGUGGAUAUAUAUGAACAGGACCUCCACUGAUAAGUGGGAAGAUUAUCCCAAGUCUGAGAAUGAAAGUAAUAUCAGAUAUGUGAGUGAACUUCAUCUGACCAGAUUAAAAGGCACUGAAGGAGGCACUUACACAUUUCUGGUGUCCAAUUCUGAUGUCGACUCUUCCGUGACAUUUAAUGUUUAUGUGAACACAAAACCAGAAAUCCUGACUCAUGACAGGCUGGUGAAUGGCACGCUCCAGUGUGUGGCAGCAGGAUUCCCCGAGCCCACAAUAGAUUGGUAUUUUUGUCGAGGAGCUGAGCAGAGAUGUUCCAUUCCCGUUGGACCGGUGGAUGUGCAGAUACAAAACUCAUCUGUGUCACCUUUUGGAAAACUUGUGGUUCAAAGCUCUGUCAAUCAUAGCGCAUUCAAGCACAAUGGCACGGUCGAGUGUAGGGCUUACAACGAUGUGGGCAAGAGUUCUGCCUUUUUUAACUUUGCAUUUAAAGGUAACAGCAAAGAACAAAUCCAUCCCCACACCCUGUUCACACCCUUGCUGAUUGGUUUUGUGAUCGCUGCUGGAAUGAUGUGCAUCAUCGUGAUGAUUCUUACCUACAAAUAUUUACAGAAACCCAUGUAUGAAGUACAGUGGAAGGUUGUAGAGGAGAUAAAUGGAAACAAUUAUGUUUACAUAGACCCAACGCAACUUCCUUAUGAUCACAAAUGGGAGUUUCCCAGAAACAGACUGAGUUUUGGGAAAACCUUGGGUGCUGGCGCCUUCGGGAAAGUUGUUGAGGCCACUGCCUACGGCUUAAUUAAGUCGGAUGCAGCCAUGACUGUUGCUGUGAAGAUGCUCAAGCCAAGCGCCCAUUUAACGGAACGAGAAGCCCUGAUGUCUGAACUCAAAGUCUUGAGUUACCUCGGCAAUCAUAUGAAUAUUGUGAAUCUUCUCGGAGCGUGCACCGUUGGAGGACCUACCCUGGUCAUUACGGAAUAUUGUUGCUAUGGUGAUCUUUUGAAUUUUUUGAGACGAAAACGUGAUUCAUUUAUUUGCUCAAAGCAGGAGGAUCACACAGAAGCAGCACUUUAUAAGAACCUUCUGCGCUCAAAGGAGUUUUCCUGCAAUGAUAGUACUAAUGAGUACAUGGACAUGAAACCCGGAGUUUCUUAUGUUGUACCAACCAAGACAGACAAAAGGAGAUCUGCGAGAAUAGGCUCAUACAUAGAAAGAGAUGUGACUCCCGCCAUCAUGGAAGAUGACGAGUUGGCCCUAGACCUGGAAGACUUGCUGAGCUUUUCUUACCAGGUGGCAAAGGGCAUGGCGUUCCUUGCCUCAAAGAACUGUAUUCACAGAGACUUGGCAGCCAGAAAUAUCCUCCUUACUCAUGGUCGAAUCACAAAGAUUUGUGAUUUUGGUCUAGCCAGAGACAUCAAGAAUGAUUCUAAUUAUGUGGUCAAAGGAAAUGCUCGGCUACCUGUGAAGUGGAUGGCACCUGAAAGCAUUUUCAACUGUGUGUACACAUUUGAAAGCGAUGUCUGGUCCUAUGGGAUUUUUCUGUGGGAGCUGUUCUCUUUAGGAAGCAGCCCCUACCCUGGAAUGCCAGUCGAUUCAAAGUUCUACAAGAUGAUCAAGGAAGGUUUCCGAAUGCUCAGCCCUGAGCACGCACCUGCUGAAAUGUAUGACGUAAUGAAGACUUGCUGGGAUGCUGAUCCUCUAAAAAGGCCAACAUUCAAGCAGAUCGUGCAGCUCAUUGAGAAGCAGAUUUCAGAUAGCACCAAUCAUAUUUAUUCCAACUUAGCCAACUGCAGCCCCAACCAGGAGAACUCCGUGGUGGACCAUUCUGUGCGGAUCAAUUCUGUGGGCAGCAGUGCUUCCUCCACCCAGCCUCUGCUGGUGCAUGAAGAUGUCUGAAGCAGAAUGAGCGUCUGGGGGUCUCCCGCACGAGAAUGAUCCCCAUUCCUUUGGUUUCUAUGAUGGUUAUUUUGUUCUCCUUCAACUUGCAUCCUACUCCAGGGUAGUAGACACCCCGCUGUAAUCCCGUCUUUAUGAGCACACUUCAGUGGCUGAUGAUUUGUGUCAUCAACCACAUCCCAUUGCAAGGGUUCGAACUGCAUAUCUUCCCAAUAGCAAAGUAGCCCCCGUUAACGAAAAAAAUUCUGACUUGGAGAAAGGGAGGGUG